CACGAAAGUUACUGUAAACUUUUUCUCAUGUCUUGAAAUGUUUAAAAAAGAUCUAAUAUGUACAAAUAUUUGAAAGAAAAAAAGGGUAAACACAGACAAAAUUGAACACCCUAAAAAGAAACAAAACACCCUGUAUUGUAUAUUAUUAAAUAUAGUGCUAAAUCAAAAUGUCAGAAGAAAAAUUAAAGAGGAUGAAAUCCCUCAUCAGGGCAGUGCUUAUGAGUAGUAAAGAAGGUGUCGCUGCUGCCAGAUUACUUGGUGACUACAGUGAAUUUGCAGGUGAAUAUUUACCCUUUAAAGAAAUGGGUUUUCCAAAUGUGACAAAAUUUAUAGAAAGUAUCCCUGAUGUUGCCAGAGUACGCACAGAUAUGACAGGAGAACAGAGAUUUUACGCUGUGGCUGAUGAAUCCACCGAACAUAUCCAAAAAAUGGUAUCAAAACAGAAAACAGCAUCAAAAAAGAGAAAGAAAUUACCAAGAGGUCCACACAGAAGACCAGUUCAUCCAGUAGGACCUGGAAGACCAUCAGGUCCUUCACGGCCAUCGAGGCGACCAAGAUAUCCUGGUGCGGGUUAUGGGAGACCAGCAUAUAGACCCCCCCUGUUACCCACACCUCACUCUAACAGAUUUAGAGAUCCUGCUUCUGUGAAUAUAAAUAACUCAUCCUACUCGAACUUUAGGCCAGGGUUUGGCAGCAAACCCAAUGAUGAUGCGUUUAAAAAUUAUAAAAUAACUGUAGGAAAUCGUGGUGGCGAUAGGGCAGUGAAUUCUUCACAGAAAAUGUUUUUUCAAGCUGUGGGGGAUGCUUCCGACGCCAGAAGAAAAAAUCCAAGUGCGGUACAUACUGAUGUUAAAUUUGGACAUAAUUAUGAAGUUCCUCCUCGAUUUCAGAAAAAAGAAUCCAGAUCAAAACCAGUUGCAGUAGUGUCCCCUAGUACAGUUGAAUUAUGGGAUUCCCCCGAGAGUACGGCACAAGAUGCAACACAUAAUAAGGUGAUCAAAUGGUCAGAUGAACACGUCUUUGAGUAUUUAGAGUUAUUAGAAGAAUAUUCUCAUACACAUGAUGUUGAGGUCAAAUUUACCACAAAGUUGGUAGUUAUUGGUGGAGUAAAAGGGUAUCUGGGAUUGAUUCAUAUUCAUGAUAAAGCUGUCGGCAGUAUAGAAGUGUUUGAAACAGAGUUAUUAGCUAAAGAAGAAGCUGCUAAAAAUGUUUGCAAACAGUUUGACAUAACAGAAAGUAAUUUAUAUCAAAAGAAACCGGGUUUGUCAUUACCCUCAGCAGAAACAAGCAUCACAGUACCAGGAAAUAUUAAAGAUAAUAUUAAAAAGUUAUUAUCCACUGUAACAGUAAGUAUGUGGUGCACGCGGUUUCCUGUUGUAUAUGCUGAAAAGUUUGGUGAAGCGCCUAAUAAUAUUAUAGAAAUGGUGCGCUCGUGUCCUGACAUAGCACGAUUUGAAAAAGUACCAAACACAGAUAGAGAGAUGAUAUAUCCUGUUAAACACACAGAAGACACUCCACCAGAACCUACACCAGUCCCCAAACCUUUACCAGUCCCCAACCCUUCACCAGUCAUCUCAUCAACCCCAAUACAGCCAAUUCCAUCAACUCCUGCUGUAGAUGUAUUUAAGGAUGUUGUUAUUCCUCCAUCUGAAUCAAUAAAUAUAGGAUGUGAGGAAACAGUAUUUGUAACAUAUGCUACAUCAUGUUAUGAGUUUUACGUCCAGUUAGAAUCAAGCUGUAGUGAUGAUAUCAACGACGUCUUGCAAACAGAAUGCAAGAGUUUAGCGAAGCCGAAUGCCAGUAGUAUAAAGAAAGGGAUAUAUUGUUCAGCUUUAUAUAGUUCAGAUAAACAGUGGUACCGAGCUCAAGUAAUUUCAGAUAUAAAUAAUCAGGAGUUUCAUGUAAGGUUUGUUGAUUAUGGUAAUGUAGAGUGUGUAUCUAUAGACUGUAUCAGACAACUGCCACAAAAAGUUAUCAACACGCCACAACAAGCUAUAUACUGUUCCUUAUAUGGCAUACAACCAAUUGUUGGUGAAGAAUGGAGUAAAGCAUCGUUGGGUAUUUUGGCAGAAUUUGUGAGAGACCAAGAAUUAAUAGCUGUACCUUUUACACAUUCAGCAGAUGGUUAUCAAGAGAUAGAACUAUAUCAGAGACAUGACAGGGAGAAAUCAUUAAAUCAAAUUUUAGUGGAGAAAAACGAAGCUGUCUGCAUUUUGUCUCCCCAGGUGACACAGCCAGACUUUGAACGACGGCCUGAUGAACCAGAAUUAUUAGAGAUACCUGAUGAUAAGUUUAUGGAUGUUUACGUAUCGUUUUUUAACCCUGCUACUGGUAUCAUGGUACGCAUUGUUGGUGAACAGUUCUCAGAUAAGUUGGAAGAAUUAGAAGCUCAGCUGGAAGCUUUUUAUAAACUAGCACCAUAUGAUCAAACCAUAGAAGUUGGUAUGGUGUGCGUCAUUAGUCUAGAUACGCUAUAUCAUAGAGUUAAAGUUUUAUCUAUAGAUGGUAAUAAGGCCGAGUGUUAUUUCUUAGAUCAUGGUGAUACAGAAAAUAUUUUAACUGAAGGUUUAAAACCUAUAGAUGCAGAAAUCAAUAAAACACUUCCAUAUCAGGCGUUUAGUUUUGAAUUGUAUGGUUUAGAGAAUGUUAUGGGUGAUGCUACAUUAUUAGAAAAGUUAUAUGAAUUGGCGCUUGCUAAAAUACUGGUAGCUGAGAUUAUAUCAAGAGAUGAGAAGAUAUCUGUGGUUCUCUACGAUACACAAGAACAAGAUGAUAUAAAUAUCAACGAAUAUAUCGCAAAGGUUUUAAUCUCUGAGGGCCAUGCAAUAGACUUAAAUUUAUUCACCGCUAACAUCGGACCCAAUACUCCUAGUGACUCUUUAAGCAUUGCCAGUAAUGAGGGUACAGAGUCACCAACAAGUUCCAUACCCAAGACUGAAAUUCCACAAAAUGUUGUUGCUCCAUUUGAAAAUAAAACUGUCCCAGAUGAAUCGUUAAUAGCGAAUCUGAAUUGUCUUUCGUUAUCUCAAAAUGCCGCAGAUAUUAGCCAAUCGUCUGUGAUAACAGCUAGUGCCAAAUCAACCUCAAGUCUUUAUACAUGGGAGAAACCAGCUACUUCCACAUCAACCAAUGAUGUUGUAGUUCAACCACCAGGAUUGUCCUUGUCCAAUGAACAACAAGCUGACUUAAAGAUGCCGGAAAAUGUAACAAUUCCUGCUAUUGGUGAAAUGUUUGCUAUUUAUAUCUUAUGGAUAGUGGACCCUUCUAAUUUUGUGUGUAUACCGCAUGAUAAAUUAGAAGAUUUAGAAAGAUUUAUGGUGGAAUUUAACAAUUAUUUCUCUAAAGCAGCUGUCUUAGAAGAAGUUGAACCAGUAGUUGGUGAAGUGUAUGCUGGACGUUAUAAUGGUAAUUGGUAUCGUAUGAUAGUUAAAAACAUUAUUGGUUCAGAGUUAAGUGUGUAUAUGGCUGACUAUGGGGAAUAUGCUAUAUUAACGGCCGACGACCUUGAACCUCUUCCUAAAAAAUAUUAUACGCUGCCUUUUGUUGCUUUUAAAGCUAAAUUAUAUGAUGUGUCUUGGUGUAGUGAAAAAGGUCUGACCUUUCAAGGAGAAAAAUGGACUGAGUCGGCAAAAUAUACUUUCAUGCAAAUGGCCCAGGGAAGGAGUUUAUUCGCAUAUAUUUGUGGCAAGGAUGAAGAUGGAGUUGUCUCACUAAGACUAGUUGAUACAUCAGACGAAAAUGAAGACGUUUGUAUUGAUGAUGUCUUGGUUUCUAUGAGUCUCGCUCGACGUCAGUGAUUUUAAAAACAAAAUUGCAAAAAAAAAAAAGAUUGACUAUGCAAUGUGAUUCCACUAAUUAAUUACAUUAAAAUGGUAUAUAAUUUUGACUUUCAUAAUAUACAUGCACAAUUUGGAUUGUUGUGCCUUUUAGAAAUUCUUACAGUUUGGAGCUCAACUUUUUUGAAUAACAUGCUAUGCCACAGUUUGAAGAAAAUGGUAAUGAUGAAUAAGUUCCAUUUAGAUUUUUUUUUUUUAGUAGAGGUAUUGAUCAAAAACCUAAAUAUAUAUAUGAAAAUCAAUAUUCAUAAUUAUGUUGUUCCAUGUACUUAAUGGUGUAAAUAUGUAUAUAGAUAUUUGUUAUGUUUUAAAUACCAGUAUUAUAAAUUGUGGGUAGUUUAGCUCAGGGUCUCAUCACCAGUUCAAGGCUAACAAACCACUUUGAUUUUGAUAAUGUUAUGCAGUGUAUGCAAUGAACCACGUGACGUAAUAAUGUACAUCUAUCUUGGUAUAUGUUUGUGUAUUAUAUAAAUGGUUGGUAGUGUAAUCCAGAGGCUUAUCAACCUGUUCAUUAAGGCUAUAACAAUUUGAUUUUUGUUUCUUAUGGAUCUUUUUAAAGAGCCUCACACUCAGUUUAUUUUUAAGAUUUCAAACAAAAAAAUUUUCAGCCAAGAAUUUUUUUUUUUCAAUUUUCCAAGCAACAGGAAGAAAUUUUUUAAUUGGUAUUCCCUAGUGAUCACACAAAUCUUCAAAGUUGAAUAGGUUUUCAAGCCUAUUCAAGCUGAUUUUUAGAAAAAUAUAUUCUUGAAAUCUAAUCUGGAUUGUUUUAUCUGCUAUGAAAUAUUUAUUACUUUAAAUUUUGGGUAAUUAACUAAUAUUCAAAAAUAAGUUUCUAGAAAUCUUAAAAUUGAUUGUUAUCGUGGCAUUGAUUUGUAAAAUUAACAUUCUAUUCACAGACUUCCUAAAUUGAUAUUUGGAUAUUCCAAGUAAUAUGUUGAAUUCAGUUUGACUUUGUUUAUCAUUAUCUUCAUUCAUUCCAAAUCAUCAAUAACAAUCUGUUUAUUAUAUUGUGCCAAAGAUUUUAUUUGUUUUUCUCAGUAUUGUGAUGUACAGAUUUUGUUAUUUUUGUACCAGUUAAACAUAUCUGGUGUAGGCCGAGUUAUUUGGUGCAUCAAAGUUUCUUCGUUGAGUUGUUGUUUUUUUUUAACUUGUUGCAAUACCAUAUAUUUACUAACUGAAAUAUUGAUAUAAAUCUACUAAAUUCAUAUACUGCACCCUAUUUAUAUAUUAUAUAAAAAAAAGGCUGAAUUAGCUUGCUUGCAAAGCCUGUCUUCUGGUGAUAAUAUUAUGAUUUUUGAAUAGAAGUUAUUUAAAUAAAAGAUCACCAUUGUAAUCAUGCAUAUCUUAUUCUAGUUCAUAAUAAAUGUACAAUUAUUAUAGCCUACUAUUUUACUAUGGUAUACACUGGUAUCAAACUAACAAAAAUAUUGCUACUGUUCAUAAUGUAAAUAUUAACUUAAAACAUGCAGAAAUAGAAAGAACUAUUUUUAAGGUUAGAUUGUUUGAGAGUUACCUGACCUUUUUAUAUUGCUAUGGUUACCUAUAACUGUAAAUAAAUGUUAUGUUUUAUUCCA